GCCGUCACCGCCUAAUCCCCUGCAACUUUGCAAUUGCGCCCUUUUAUGCGGUUUAUCACUUCACUAUUCAGUUAGUACUAUUCCCUCAUUUUUCUCUCUCCUAUUUUUUGUUUUCACCUUUUUUAGCAACUCACAAAUCAAAUAACCACCAAUCAACUUCUUCUUCUCCAAUCUUCAACCCAUCUCUCAUCCGCCAUUUCCAUUCUCUCUCUCUCUCUCUCUCUCUCUCCUCAUACCAGAAAAUAUGUUAGUCUUAUCUUCCUCUGCUCCACCCGUUCUCGAGGUGUGCAAAGAUAGGGUUUCUUCUUCGUUUUCUACUUCCUCGUCGUCUUCUUCGUCGGCGUUUUCUGCGGUGGUGUUUCGUCGGAGUUUUUUCACUCGGUUUAACUCGUCUCUAAUAUGCUGCUGCUCUUCCAAGCUCAAAUUAAUGGCGGACACUGCUCUUCCGUCCUCGUCUUCUUCGACGUCUGCUUCUGCUUCUUAUUCUGCUGCUGCGAAGUCUGUUGAAGAGGAGAAUCACGAGAUUCCUGUUAAGAAAGAAGAUGACAAUCAACUUCUUCGUUCUCGCACUUAUCGUAACGUUCGUUCUGCAGAAGAGCUGAUAUCUGAAAUAAAAAGGGAAUCAGAAAUUGGAAGGUUACCUAAAAGUGUUGCUUAUGCUAUGGAGGGACUUUUUCACUACUAUCGCAAUGCAGUCCUUUCAAGUGGAAUUUCUCAUGCUGAUGAAAUAGUGUUGUCAAACAUGAGUGUUAUGCUUGAUUUUGUUUUGUUGGAUAUUGAGGACCCUUUUGUAUUUCCACCGUUUCACAAAGCUAUUCGAGAGCCUGCUGACUAUUAUUCCUUUGGUCAAGAUUACAUUCGGCCAUUGGUAGAUUUUGGAAAUUCAUAUGUUGGUAACAUCGCCAUUUUCCAAGAAAUGGAGGAGAAGCUUAAGCAGGGUGACAACAUCAUCUUAAUGUCCAACCAUCAAAGUGAAGCAGAUCCCGCAGUGAUUGCAUUACUUCUGGAGAAGACAAAUUCACUAAUCGCAGAAAACUUGAUCUACAUAGCAGGUGAUCGAGUUAUAACAGAUCCUCUUUGCAAGCCCUUUAGCAUGGGAAGGAAUCUUCUUUGUGUUUACUCUAAGAAGCACAUGUAUGAUGAUCCCGAGCUUGUUGAUGUAAAGAAAAGAGCAAAUACAAGGAGUUUGAAAGAGUUGGUCUUACUUUUAAGAGGUGGUUCAAAAAUAAUCUGGAUUGCACCCAGUGGUGGAAGAGAUCGUCCAGAUGCUGUCACUGGUGAAUGGUACCCGGGAACUUUUGAUUUCGCUGCAUUGGAUAAUAUGAGAAGGCUUGUGGAACAUGCUGGUAGACCUGGGCAUAUUUAUCCAUUAGCAUUAUUGUGCUAUGACAUUAUGCCCCCUCCAGCACAGGUUGAAAAGGAAAUUGGGGAGAAAAGAGUAAUGUCCUUUCACGGAGUUGGGGUAUCUGUGGAACCAGAGAUUAACUACAAUGAUGUUUCUCUUGGUUGCAAAAAUGAUGAAGAGGCUAAGUCAGUUUAUGGACAAGCGUUGUACAAUUCUGUGAAUGAACAAUAUAAUGUCCUCAAAGCUGCUAUACAUGGAAAACAAGGCUCAGGUGCAUCAACGCCGACUACUUCUCUGUCACAACCUUGGGCCAGUUGACAUUAGUGUGCCCUUUUGCUUUCUUUUAAGCUACAGUUUGUGAUUAGAACGCGGAAGCCAAUUAAUGCGUGUCUAUAUUCCGACUUUCCAAGGAAGCAGAAUAGCUGACGUUCAAUUUUUAAUAAUAAUUACAAGGAGCACGUAUGAAGACCUUUUGAAUCUUGUUAGAUUUGUCCGAUUCCAAGAAUUAAUAAUCUUAUACUUUCGUAUAAAUGUCGACAUUACAUACCCCUUGUGAAAUACGUAAAUUGAUAUGAAAAUCAAAAAUAACAGGAAAGGUAAAUAAUGCACAAUAUUUUUGGGGUUUCAAUAAUUGAGAAUGUGAUAUGGAUUCGUAUGGAUUUGGGAUUUGUCAUAAACUCAUUGAUUGGAACCAUAAUUCGUGUACAGAUUGCGAAAGACUCUACUUGGAAAGAUGCAAAAAUAUCGAAAAUCAUGUAUUGUUCGAUCAAGUACAACUCAAAGUACGUACGUGGAGUACGAGUUGUACUUUAGGAUGCAGAAUAGUGAUUGUUCUAAUUGUAACAAUUAUGUCUUUUCUUUACAUAUCUAUGCGUGGUUUAAAUAUC